CCCGGCGCCGGGGCCGCCGCCCGCUUGCAGCGCUGCCAGCCGGCCGGCCGGGGCUGCGGAGCCCGGGAGCGCGCAGGCCAGGCCGGAGCUCCGCCGUCCGCGUCGCUUGGGCCUCUGUGUCCGCCAUGGGGGCGUCCGCGAGGCUGCUGCGCGCCGUGAUCAUGGGGGCCCCGGGCUCCGGCAAGGGCACCGUGUCGUCGCGCAUCACCCGGCACUUCGAGCUGAAGCACCUCUCCAGCGGGGACCUGCUCCGACAGAACAUGCUGCAGGGCACAGAAAUUGGUGUGUUAGCCAAGACUUUCAUUGACCAAGGGAAGCUCAUCCCAGAUGAUGUCAUGACUCGGCUGGUCCUUCAUGAGCUGAAAAAUCUCACCCAAUAUAGCUGGCUGUUGGAUGGUUUUCCAAGGACUCUUCCACAGGCAGAAGCCCUGGAUAAAGGUUAUCAAAUAGACACAGUCAUUAACCUGAAUGUGCCCUUUGAGGUCAUUAAGAAACGCCUCACUGCUCGCUGGAUUCAUCCAGCCAGUGGCCGAGUCUACAACAUUGAAUUCAACCCUCCAAAAACUGUGGGCAUAGAUGAUCUGACUGGUGAACCACUGAUUCAGCGUGAGGAUGAUAGACCAGAGACAGUGAUCAAGAGACUGAAGGCUUAUGAAGCCCAAACUGAGCCUGUCCUGGACUAUUACCAGAAAAAGGGUGUGUUGGAAACAUUCUCUGGAACAGAAACUAACAAGAUCUGGCCCCAUGUAUAUGCCUUCCUGCAAACCAAAGUUCCAGAAAUGAGCCAGAAACCCUCAGAUACUCCCUGAGGAAGAUGGCAGAUGAGCGGAACCACCUGUCUUUGUAUUAAGCAGCUGCUUUUCCUAUGACUCAGCAUUUUCUUCGAAAAUUAUAUUUUACUUCUACUGAUUUUAUUCUGGAUAUUACUAAGGAUGUGCCAAAUGAGUCAGAUACUAAGAUUGAUCUUUUGAAAUCAUCUAGUAUGUUUUAUCCACUUAUUUUCUAAGGGUGUAUAAAUUAAAAAAAAAGACACACUAGAGAUGUUGAAACUGUAAAAAAAAAUCUUUUAGAGCAAAAUUAAAAUUAAAUUGGCAGUAUUUAACUUUUUGUUCUGUGAGAGGAAAAUGGUUCAUUAAAUUUUCAUAUUUUUCUGGAAACGUUAAAAUUAUAUGUCAUUUGUGGGAAAUAUCUCAUCAUUGGCUUUUGCUCAGACCAGUGUUGAAAGACUUUUUCCUAGCCCUGGGGACAUGGUUUUGUGCAACACCAUGUAAUAUUUCCAGGAAGAAACUCAACUGGAUUUACAGGUUUGUUGCACGAUACCAACUCACUGCUGCCUUUACGCUAAGAAAACACAAAUGCUAGCCACAUGUGCUGUGUUUAUUUUGUUGUGAGACAUACCUUCAGUUUAUUCAGUUUUUUAAAAAAGUAUCAAUUAGCAUAUAAGAAAACAUUGCCUUAAUAUGGUUUUCUUUUGAAAAUACAUGUAUCUGCAGGAUAUGAUUAUGUCAGAAAUUGACAUUAUAAGUUCCUAGAUACGCACCAAUAUUGAGUCACUUUUCAAUGGACAGUGUACCGUCCUUGAUUUUUAGAUGUUACUCAGGUUAAGAAAUCAAUGUUUUAGGGUCUACUUGUCUGUUCCUCUUUCUUAGGAACACACAGUCUGCCUUGAUAAACAAGUUGUAGUAAAAAGAAAAAAACAAGAGUAAGAAAAAACCCAUGUCACUAUGUAAAACUGGCACACUUUGUUAUUAAGGAAAUAGAAAUAGAUCAGGAUGCCUGGGAAAUAUUCCCUUAACAUAAAUACCAAUCAUAAUUAGUAAACAGGUACGGCAAUAAAAAGAAUUUACAUGAUAGGUUAAAAAAGGACCAGAGUUCACUAAAGGAAACCUUUAUUCCUCAAAGGAAUGGACACCUGCUAUUGUUUACUGCCACCCUCUCGGCCCCUCCCCUCUUUUGAUCCCAAGCUGUCCUUGAGCUCAAGAUCCUUAUGCCUCAGCUUACUGAGUCCUGCAGUUACAGCAGGUGAGUUCAGCAGGGAAGACCUCUGCUGGUGUCAUCUGAGCAGGUUUUUUUGCUGUUGUUUUGUUUGUGGUGCUGGGGAUCAAACGUGCUAGGCUAGUUCUCUGCCACUGAGCUGCAUCCCCAGUUCUUGGUUUUUGAGACAGGAUCUCGAUGUGUAGCUCAGGCUAGCCUUGAAUUUGAGAUUCUUCUGUCUCAGCUUCUUGAGGGCUGGGAUUAAAGUGUACAUCACCAUGCCUGGCCUGAGCAGUCAUUUUAUAUCCUAAAUCAUUUUAGAUUCCUUAAUGGGACAACAAAGUUGCGUGCUUAUGUACUGUGGGUAGAAGUGAGGCAACAUGAGAGGUAGAGGAAAAAAACAAUUAUAUCUUCCAUGGGAUAUGUACUCUUCCUUGGUGCUAAAUCAAAUGAAUCAAGACUUUGUACAAGCUGAUAUUGCCUUUGGAAAUUUAGUUCAUUUUAUUCCAGGCUUUGAAUACACAUGCCAGCCAGGGGCUCUUACAUAUUUAGGGGGAGCAGAUACAGAAUUUUUCUCUUUAUUUUUAAAAAUUCAUUGUUGAGUUUUUAAAAUGAACUAGGCUUUUAAAAAGAAUUACAGUGAACAUCUUGUCCUUUGUAAUAUAAACUUUCUAUAAUGCCUUAUUUAAAUGUUAUGUGCUAUCUAAAAAAGCUGUGAACUACCUAAAACUUAGGAAUUAUCACUAGAUUGUCAGGCGUACAUUAAUCUCUUAGAAUAUAAUGAAAUGUCAGCACUGUGGCUAUUACUUUGUCUUUGGUCCUAGGGCCCACUCCACCCCACCUUCCUUUCUGCUGUACUAACUUCUCAUUGGCCUUGUUCUAAUAAAUUGUCUUAGGACAGUACCUGAUUUGGUUUCAUUUUGUGCAUUUAUCUCCAGUUACAGUAUUGGCAGCCAUUACUGGCUUUCAUAUCUCCUUAGAGACAUGGAAAUCAAGGACAGGGUUGAAAAACACACUAUUAAAAUCAAAAUUCUUUUUUCCUGUGACCAUUCCUUCCCUGCCCCCAAAACACUUAACCUAAGUUUUACACAUACUUCCUUUACUUUGGGAAAUGUGUAUGACUUUUUUCAUUAAAACAAAAGAACUGCUGAAUGAGAUGAUGUCACAGACAGUGCCAGGAGUAUCACUGGUGAGUGCAUUGUUAAAAAACAUAAUGCUGCAAUGACGAGUUAGGAUUUUUGUGCCAUAUGGAAAUAUGUCUGGAGCUGACUGCCCUGGAUAAGGAGGAACAGUAUCUGAAAACUAUUACCCUUGUUUCUGGGCAGAGUGUGAGACAUGAAAUGCAAAAUGGCAGUUUUUUUGUACCACCCAGAAAUUUCACUACCAUCUGAAAUAGCUUACAUACUGGCUCAAAUUUCUGAACUCCAGCCCAUGACUACUCCCCGCAGCUAUAUACAAUGAUGGCAUUCCUGCAAAAUAUCUUGGAAACUCACUUUGGAACAAAACUUCCCUAUACUAAGAAUAAAUCAUUGUAAUUGCAGAGCUUAGAUUAUACUAAACUGCUGUUAAUACUUGCACCCAACAGCAACAAUUUGCAUUUUAAAACAUUAUACAUUUUGUCUUCUCAGAAAACACCCUCACUGAAAAAUUUCAGAAAUAGCAUUCCUAUUCUUGCAGUUAAAGAUUUUCAUUUUGGAAGUUAUUAAUUUAAGAGUUAAAAUAAUCUAGCUGUGCUUCAAAAGCUGAUAAAAGCCCGUAUUAUUUGCAGUGUGUCUAACCACCCUCUGCCUUUUUAAAUAAGCUCCCUAAUGAUCAUGAGUUUUCCAUAUCUAGCACUGAGUAAAGUUCAAGUGUCAUGCCAAAGUGUAAAUCAGUCUAGCUUGUGUCAUGUUCUCCCAAAAGAUUCCAGGUGUCUGAAGAGUAAAUGGCAUGAAGAAUUAUGAAUAAUCAAAUGAA